GUCCAAGUUCCAAUCCCAACUCGCAAGCCUUCGGCUGCUCCUCAAUGGCGAUUAGAGGCACAACGGUCGCCUUCCUCCUCCUCGUCGCCGUCCUGGUCGCCGGCAGGGCGAGCGGGACUCCCCUCGGGUGGAUCCCGUCUCUGGCGGGGUGCGGCGGGACGAUCGCGGAGUGCCUGGCGGCGGGGGAGGAGCUGGACCUGGCGACGGAGGUCAGCCGGCGGAUGCUGGCGACGUCGAGCUACAUCAGCUACGGCGCGCUGAACCCGGGCACGACGCCCUGCUCGGUGUCCGGGGCGUCGUACUACAACUGCCGCCCGGGAGCGCAGGCCAACCCCUACACCCGCAGCUGCUCCGCCAUCAACCAGUGCCGCGGUUGAUGACGGACGGACGGCCAUGGUCGUCAGGUGAAGAGUUCCGAUGUCGUGCCGCGCGCUUUUUUGUUUUUUUUUUUCCGUUGGGUGUUUUGGUCGAACAGUUGGCGUGCUGUGUUACUGCCGCUGUAAAAAAUAAAUAUAUAUAUAUAUAUAUGUCUAUGAAAUCAAAUUAAGUCUCUAUAA